AUGGAGUCUCAGAGUCGUCCGCGGAGGCCGCUGCGGAGGCCUGAGACUUUGGUUCAGGGGGAAGCGGCUGAGUCGGACUCGGAUCUGUCUGCGUCCUCGUCGGAGGAGGAGGAGCUGUACCUGGGCCCUUCGGGCCCAACGCGCGGCCGCCCCACGGGACUGCGAGUGGCUGGGGAGGCCGCGGAGACCGACUCAGACCCGGAGCCGGAGCCGAAGGCCGCGCCGCGGGACCUGCCUCCGCUCGUGGUGCAGCGGGAGACGGCCGGGGAGGCCUGGGCGGAGGAGGAGGCCCCGGCGCCCGCCCCCGCGCGCUCGCUGCUGCAGCUCCGGCUGGCUGAGAGCCAGGCGCGGCUGGACCACGACGUAGCGGCCGCGGUGAGCGGCGUGUACCGCCGCGCGGGCCGUGAUGUGGCCGCCUUGGCCGGUAGGCUGGCGGCUGCCCAGGCAGCGGGAUUAGCUGCAGCCCACAGCGUGCGUCUGGCGAGGGGGGACCUCUGCGCGCUGGCGGAGCGUCUGGACAUCGUGGCCAGCUGCUGCCUGCUGCCCGACAUCCGCGGUGUGCCGGGGACCGAGCCUGAACAAGACCCGGGACCGAGAGCCUAG